GUCAGUUCCCCGGAUGAAGGCUGAGCGUGAAUAUGGCGCAGAGAGCACGAGCAGCGCGCUCGUGAGGGUUUCUGUGACUGAUACGCGCACUUAGCCCGCUUAAGCUAACUUUACUCACAAGAAACUUCACCGACCCUAUGAAGUUUAUUUCUCAGCGGACACAUUUCUCACUACAGGUCUGAUGCUUUGCUGCAGCCAUGUUCAGCAAGAAGAAAAAGCAACGCAUCCAGAUCUCGGCCCCCUCCAAUUUUGAGCAUCGUGUCCACACUGAUUUUGAUGAGCAGGAGCAGAAGUUUGUGGGGCUUCCACGCCAAUGGCAGAGCCUCAUUGAGGACACGGCCAAGAGGCCCAAACCUUUCAUCGAUGCUACAGUCAUCACUACUGUAGAACCACGCAAGACCAUUGUACGGGGUCGUAAGAUCGGUGACGAUGGCUCUCUUACAUGGCUUCUGGAUGAGUUUGAGACCAUGUCGGUGAUCCGCUCAAACUCAUUGCGGAGAGGCAGCCCACCACCGCAACCACGCAGAGACUCCGGAUCAUCAGGAGGAGGCCAUGAGAAUGGAGAACACCCUCAAUACAGACACCCUGAUCGAUAUGGAGACAGCAAAGAGAGGGAGAAACCUCGUCAGGAGCACCCCGGUGCUGAUCCCAGACAGUCUCAGCGUCCAGCCCGUUCAUCCAGAGAAGACGGCCGACCUCACCAGCAGCCUCGUGGCCAGGAGCCCAGCAGACUCAAAGAGCCAGACUGGUCAGGAGGACCAGCUGCACCACCCCAGCACAGAGAACGAGAAAGAGACAGGGACCGAGAGCCACGUGAUUAUCACGAUCAGGUAGUGAGGCGAGAGGGUGCCAACGAUAAGAGGCCCAAAUCUAGCUACACUGGGAGGGACAGCAGCCCACAGUCACCCCGUGAGAAGAGACCGCUGUCUGGGCCAAAUAUUCGCACCCCUAACUUACCUGUUACAGAGGGAGUGAUAAAGACCGCACAACAGACCGGCCGACCUUUUAACACGUACCCACGAGCUGAAAGUGACUCUGGGAGGAGCCCAGGUGGUCAGGAUUUAAAACCAGGAAAAUCUCAUGAGCCUUCCCACCACAACGGCCCCUCUACUGGGGCAGUCCGGGGUGGAAACAGUGGUGGUAAAAGUGCUUCUCAGGGGCAGCACAGAGCAGAGCCCCAGCAUCACGCCUCCCACCCAGCCUUAGGCCCCGAGCCCCCUCAAAGCCAGCAGAUGCCCUCCGCACCAAAACCAUCAGGCCCAGCUGCACCGCCACAGCAGACACGCUCACCUCAGAGGGAGCCACAACGGGUCUCCCACGAGCAGUUCCGUGCUGCUCUGCAGAUGGUGGUUGACCCUGGGGAUCCACGCACAUAUCUGGACCACUACAUCAAGAUCGGGGAAGGUUCCACCGGCAUUGUCUGUAUUGCUACAGUGAAGACCACAGGCAAGUUGGUGGCUGUAAAGAAGAUGGAUCUGCGAAAACAGCAGCGACGAGAAUUGCUGUUUAAUGAGGUGGUGAUCAUGCGGGACUAUCACCAUGAGAACGUGGUAGAGAUGUACAACAGUUACUUAGUAGGGGAUGAACUCUGGGUUGUCAUGGAGUUCCUUGAGGGCGGAGCUUUGACUGACAUAGUCACACAUACCAGGAUGAAUGAGGAGCAGAUUGCCACAGUGUGUCUGUCUGUUCUGAAAGCUCUCUCGGUCCUUCAUUCCCAAGGAGUCAUUCACAGAGACAUUAAGAGUGAUUCUAUUCUUCUCACUCAUGAUGGCAGGGUGAAGCUGUCAGACUUCGGUUUUUGCGCACAGGUCUCAAAAGAGGUUCAGCGCAGGAAGUCUCUUGUAGGAACGCCCUAUUGGAUGGCCCCUGAGCUCAUCUCAAGACUCCCAUAUGGACCAGAGGUGGAUAUUUGGUCACUUGGCAUUAUGGUCAUCGAAAUGGUGGACGGAGAGCCGCCAUACUUCAACGAGCCUCCUCUCAAGGCCAUGAAGAUGAUCCGAGACAAUCUGCCACCCAAGCUGAAAAACCUCCACAAGGUCUCGCCGCUUCUCAAGGGAUUCUUGGACAGGAUGCUCGUGCGAGAUCCUGCCCAGAGGGCCACAGCUCAAGAGCUGCUAAAGCAUCCCUUCCUGAGUAAAGCAGGCCCUCCCUCUUGCAUUGUUCCCCUGAUGAGACAAAACCGCAUGAGAUGAGAAGAGAAAUCAGUGCGGGACCUGUCAAGCCCUCUGAGCUCAAAGCAAAAAUGGAGGCUGUGCUUUGCACAGCUCAAACUGAUUGUACAGGUCAAGAUUUUUAGGAGAAAAGGCCAUUGAUGCUAUGGACAUUCAGAGGGUUUUUUCUUCCCCCAAAAACAUUUUUACCACUGUUUUUAUUACACUAUAGAACACACCGCAUUUGGUGACAUGAAAUAGACACAAUUAGAUCCUUCACAGUGUUCUGCCAGAAGAGGUUUCCUCUCUGGCUAAUUCAGAAACACAAGAAUGUGUUCUCUCAGUGGUUUUAUGUUUGACCUCGAAGACACUGCUAUUAGAGUUAAGGAGGUUUAGACAUUAUGAAAAUGAACCACUUGUAGAUUCUGAUCUGCCCUCAAUGUAAAGCAACAAUUUGUUGGAUUUUUUUCCAAACCUCAAGCUUUUUUCCUGCACUUCGUCUUUUGCACCAUGACCACACUACUCAUUAAUCCAUUUUUAACAGGAAAACAACUACUGAAGAAAACCUUUUACUUUAUAUUAAAAAAAAAGAAGGAAGUGAGAAACUCUAGGCUCCUGUUACAACACUAAGCAAAGGUAAACACUGGAGGUGUUUUUUUUUCAAAUCAUUUUUAAUUUUGUUUUAAUAAAAGUUUUAGUUACAUUGGGUUUUCAUAUUGCGUUUCGAGUGACAGUGUGACAUUCUAAACACUGUUCUGAGACUGAGCUGCACUCAAAUAUGAAACUUCCUCCUUUUUUGAUUCAUUGUUCCACUUUUUUAAUAAAAUAAAGGGGGGAAGGGUUGGGUAUGUUUUUUUUUUUUUUUUUU